AACACCAAUUAAUUAAUAGCUCCCUAAUUAUACGACAUAACUCGACCAAAAUCAAUAGCCAUCUGGUCCGCGAUAUGAUGAACGCACAUGCAAAAUUAGAUUGGGUGGAGAUUAAACCCCGCUUUCUUGAGAUAUCGCUUGCAUCUAACAGACAGACAAAGAUCGAUAAACAAGAUCGACAAGUAAUGAUAGUUUUACAUCAUGCACUCAGUCUAUUGCUGAAUCUGUGAUAAUAUUAUUUUUCGUCCUUGGUAUUCAUUUUUAACCAACACAUGACCUCUCUAAAUCCUAAAUUGCCCUUAGUAACUUCCAUAAAACCAUUAAAUUGCCGACUCGUUUCCUUUUUUCCUCGUAUUUAUUUUUUAUAUAUUUAUAUUUAAUCUCAUUUGUAUCCACCUAUGACGAACUUAUAUAUAGCACAUACACAAGAGUCGGGAGCCUAGAUGACUUCAAUGUUUAAUCGGUCUUGCACACCGAGCCGCACAAAGCAAUAAUCAAUUACUGUGGAAUAUUUUCGUUGUUGUAUUAUGUUUAUAUUAGUGUUGUUUUUGUGGCAAUAAAUCUCUCUCUCUCUCUGACGCAAUAUGAGCACACCAAUAAGCAAAAUCAAAGAAAUUUUGGAGUUCCAGAAGUAUGUGCACCAAGAUGGCGCACGACCUGAACACAGUAUGUGUACCAGGUUAGGGUGUGUCAUGAAGUAUGUGCACCAAGAUGGCGCACAACCUGAACACAGUAGGUGUACCAGGUUAGGGUGCGUCAUGUUGGGUUAUUUAAAGAUGUUGAAGAUUACUGAUAUACGUUAAACUUGUGAAUAUUCCCUACCACUGUGUACCGUUUCCCAUCAAAUUGUUUAAAAUUUCAUGGACGCUAAUAAAUAAUGAAAGAAAAAUGUUUCCCUCUCUUCUGCGCUCUUUCCCUCUCUUCUUUGCCGUUUCACGCUCUAUUCAGUAAGUAGUAAGACCCUUUUCAUAUAUACUAUUUUGUCAGGAAACAAACUAUUCUAACAGAAUUCUAUCAUGAAUAUUAAGUUGAUUAAAAACCAAACCGAAGAAAGAUUGGGGAGAUUCAAUAAACUAAGAGGUCACCCUGAUGAUCCAGAAGUAUUUUGGGAUUACGUGGUUCUGACUGCGGUUGAUGAAGCUCAAAAAGAAUCGUAUAAAUUACAGUUGGAGAUCAAGCUGCAGCAAAAAGAACUCCCUCUCUCUGCAGAAUACAUUGUCGUGGCGGACCCUCCUGGGCCGAAAAUUGGGAAUGGUGGUUCCACUAUGGUAGUUCUUGAUCAUCUGUUUAAAACAUUUGAGGAUGAUAUUUGGUCGAAGAAAGUGAUAAUUAUUCAUGCUGGAGGGUUUAGCCAAAGAUUACCAAAUGCUAGUGUGAUGGGGAAAGCAUUUCUAGGUAUGCCUUUUGGUGAACCUAUGUACCAGGCCUUGGAACUAAAAUUAGCCAGUUAUAUUGACUUUCCACAAAAAAUUCCUCAAGGUGGGUUUUUUGUGUGUUGUGCUGAUACUGUAGAGGUCUAUAAUGAUGAUAACGCUUCUUGGGUGUUUGCUUCUGAUGGAUUCACAGCUUUAACUCACAUGUCACCGAUGUCUAUCGGAACCACCCACGGUGUCUUUGUUCUUGACAAACCAAUAUCUAGACAGCAUAUUGUUUACGAUUGCAGAAAAUUUUUGCACAAACCGAGCUUUAAACUCAUGGAAUCAACUAAAAAUUGUGUCAUUUUUAAAGAUGAAAAAGAUAGCUGGGUUACCACUGAUAGUGCUUUUUUCAUCAGUCCAAAAGUUGCAAAAUUGUUGCUUCAUUUUUAUGAAACGAAUGCUCCACUAUCAUGUGAAAUCGAUGCGUAUGGUGACUUCCUUCAAGCACUUGGGAAAGAAUCUUCAUCCGAUUAUAUUCACAAUAACAAAAAUGUCUGCGAAGAGACUGAUUCAUUGGUUCAAACCAGGCAAAAGAUAUACGAUUUAUUACACAUCGUUCCACUCUACGCCAUCACGCUAUUUCCAAAGCCUAAAAACGAGUCUUCUUCAUUGUUGGGUUCAAUAUUUUAUCAUUUCGGUACUGUAAAGGAAUAUAGGGACAAUUUUACAGUGGAUAAAAAUUUUCGAUCUAUGCUUGGAGUGCAGGCUAUAACAUCUUCUAAAGGUGUUCCCCAUCAGUUCACAAUUACGAACGAAGAGAACUUUGGGAGCACAAAAAUUAAAAUCAGCGACCAGGGUGCUUUAUCAUGCUCUGUACAGCAGGUCCGAUGCAGCACCCCUUGUAUCAUGGGUUCAGUUUUACUAGCUGAUGUAUCAAUUGGUCAAGGAACCAUCAUAGAAUAUAGCUACAUCAGAGAGGGGGUCAAAAUCGGCGACAAUUGUAUCAUAAGUAACUGUAGCUUGCCAAGAAAUAUUUCAAUACCGAAUUGUGUAUUCAUGGAUACCGUUGCAAUCAAAGUUGAUAAUCCAACUUUAUAUGUUACUAUAAUUCUCGAAGCUCAUGCAGACACAAAAAAAUCUGUUUCUAAAGAAAACGCUCUGGAUCAACUUUUUUACUUUAAUAAACCACUGAAAUCACGUUUUUCUGAAAAAUGUUUACCAAAUUCCACCAAAGCAAGUUUGUGGAAUGUAAAAAUAUUCCCAGCUACAACAUCUAUGGUGGAAUCAUGUGAAACCGCUUGUAAAGCGCUCAAUGGUUUAACUUCAGCUGAUUCCUCGCUUCUAUACAAAGAUAUAAACGAAGAUUCAAUGUUCUCAAUCACCAACAUAUUGAGUUUGAAAGACCUCAACAGUGUUCUGGAAUUCAGAAAAUAUCUUGCAAAUGAAAUACACUCAGUGUAAUGUCCGAAAUACCGUAAUUGGUAAUAGAUGAAUCCCAUAAUCACUAUAGCUCUAUUUUAACAUACUUACAUGUAAUUUUAUAUUAUUAUCAAUGACAAUAAAUCAUGGCUUUUACUUAUUACAAGCACCCAUUGAUACCUCAAUAUCUACUAUGCUUUGGGUAUAAACAAACUCAUUCCUUUUCGGCCCC